AUGCCUAGGACGGCGAGCACGACGAGCUCAAGGAGCUCAAGUACAGGUUCUGACGACGAAGACAACAAUUGGGACGACUUGGUCGACGAUUCUCAACAGCCAGCCACUCUCUCACUUUUCGAAGACAAAAGCUUUCCAUCGGUCGAGGAAGCCAUCGCAAACGACAGGGAAAAGCAUGGAUUCGACCUCAUUGCGCUCUGUAGCAAUCUUUGUGAGUUUAUAGCCAACCCACGUCAUUGGAUCACGACUCUGAUCAACGGGUGGCCAAAAGCCUUGGACCCAUACCAACGCAUCAGGCUCGUAAACUACAUACGAAGUCAAAAACCACCUCCGAACGAGCUCACGGCUCUUGGGGGGACGGAAACAUUCUUCGGUGACGACACAUAUCUCAAGCCAGUCAUUGAAGAUGAUCCAUUGCUUCAGCUACAGAUGGACGAGUGGUCAUCCGACUCUGAACUCGACGCGUCAACUAGCAAGGACAUCUCUGGAGAAAAAGAGUUGAUUAGGACGCGCAGAGAGGUCAAAAAACUUCGAGAGCGCCUAGCCAAGGCACAGCAAGAUCUAGCCGACUACCAAGCCCUCGUUCAAAGGAACCUCGCCAAUAUUGCCAACGAUACCUUUGGCGGUGUAACCGCAGAAGAUAUUAGAAACGAAGAGCUUCCAACCAACUCGAACAGGGACGAUGAUACGCACUACUUUGAGAGCUACAACGAACAAGCGAUUCAUUAUAUCAUGCUCACGGAUAGAGUACGAACUUCGACCUAUGCAACCUUUAUCCUUUCGAAUCCCUCACUCUUUCAAAAUGCCGUCGUAAUGGACGUCGGCUGUGGUACUGGGAUCUUGUCCCUAUUCGCUGCUAGAGCAGGUGCAAAGCGGGUUAUCGCAGUCGAAGCGAGCAAAAUAGGAGAAAAAGCAGAUGCCAACUUCAAGGCGAGUGGCUAUGCGGACAAGAUCACGUUGGUUAGAAGCAAAGUCGAGAAUAUCAAGAGUCUGCCAGACGACAUUCCCCAUGUCGACGUGAUUCUCUCCGAGUGGAUGGGCUACUCGCUCCUCUACGAAUCGAUGCUCGACUCUGUCCUCGUCGCGCGUGAUCGAUUCCUCCAUCCAGGCGGAACCUUUAUCGAGUCACCAGGCGAGCCAGCAAAGAACACAAGUACACAACACGGAGUAAUGGCCCCAAGUCAAUGUCGGAUCAUGUUGGCCUUGGCUGACCCACAAACGAUUGUCAAAGAACGUGUGGGUUUCUGGAAGGAUGUAUACGGAUUCGACAUGAGUGCCAUGUCGACAGAGGCGUACGACGACGCGAUUAUUGACUACGUCGCGAACGAAUCCCUGCUCAGUGACUCGUGCAUAGUCAAAGAUCUCAAUCUUCAAACCAUCGCAGCCAAAGCGCUUUCGUUUACCGCACCGUUCACGCUCAAAGCAAAAGAUCUUCCGACGUCUCCGGCAUCCAAAGUCAAAUCCGGCAACACGUAUUUCCUUGGCAAGCUGCAUAACCACCGGACGUACGCAACUGCUUUUGUUCUCUGGUUUGACACAUUCUUCCAUCCGACGGGACAACAAUAUCCUCCAGAGAUUCCCUGUAAAGUACAUACUAGUGGUGACGGGGACUGGGAAACAGGUGAUGUACUCAAAUUACGACCAAGCCACAAGAGAAGAAAGACGCUCGAAAGCAAGGAAGCUCCCAAUGUGUCCAACCUCGUCGACCCAGACCAAACAACGACCGAACCUCAAUCAAUCAUCAAACCAUCUUCCGUUGGGAAAAUAGACUCACCGUUGGCACAAAUGCACGGCCCUGGUACAGCUGGUGAAGAGCUGGCUCCGGAGACAAGGGAAGAAAGCUUCACGACGGGUCCACACGGGACACCAACGCAUUGGAAGCAAACCGUGUUUCUCCUCAAAACACCCAUUGAGAUAAGAAGAGGCACGUAA